GGAUACUUCGAGGUAGAGAAGCAGUUCGACGUCAUCAGUCCAAAUGCCCAGACUGCAGGCGGUGGAAGGCCAAGCCUACUAUUCCCCAAAUGGCUGACUUACCAGCUGCCCGCCUCCGCCUUUUUAAACCUGUUUUCUACUCCACAGGGACAGACUGUUUUGGACCAUUCCAUGUUAAAAUCGGACGGCGCACCGAGAAAAGAUGGGGCAUCAUCUUUAAGUGUUUGACUACUAGAGCUGUUCAUCUUGACAUUCUCACCCACCUCGAUGUUGACUCCUUCCUUAUGGCCUUAAGGAGAUUUAUAGCCCGUCGAGGUACACCUAUGGAAAUUCUCUCAGAUCAGGGGACCAAUUUCCGUGGGGCAGAACGAGAACUACAAAGGGCCCUGGCAGAGAUGUCCCCCAACCUGCAGCGAAUCCUUGCCAAGCAAAGGAUUACUUUCAAGUUUAACCCCCCUGGUGCCCCUCACUUUGGCGGCGUGUGGGAAAGAGAAAUACGCUCAGUUAAACAAGCUUUGUACGUCACAGUUGGGGCUCAACCAUUGCCAGAAGAAGUACUCAGGACAGUUCUGGUUGAGGUGGAGGGUAUUUUGAACUCAAAGCCCUUAGGYUAUGUAUCCUCCAGCAUUGCUGAUCCUGACCCUGUGACACCAAAUCAUCUGUUGAUGGGGCGGCCUGAUGGGUCAUUGCCACAGGUUGUGUAUCCAGCAAAUGAACUCCCUAGCAAACGUCGCUGGCGCCAUUCACAGGUUUUGGCAAACCAUUUCUGGUCUAGAUUUAUCAGGGAAUACCUUCCCAAUUUGCMAGUCAGACAAAAAUGGCAGACUACUCAGGCUGACCUGGUUGAGGAUACUGUAGUCAUGCUUGUGGACCCCCAACUGCCCAGAGCACUCUGGCCUAUUGGACGAGUGACCAAGGUGCAUCCAAGUGCUGACGGCCGCAUCAGAUCUGCGGAUGUUCAAGUGAAGGACAGAGUCUACACCCGACCGGUGGCGAGAAUGAUUGUUCUUCCUGCGGUACCAGAGGAGAACAGCCACACUUCAUCAUCAGAGACUUGAACGGUUGCCUUUCUUUGGAACAAAUGUACUUUGUACAUUUGGGGGCGGCUGUUAGAAAGGCUCAGGCUUGUUGCUGAACCUUAGCAUUUCACAAGGUUAAAAUGUGGAUCACAGUUUGUUGUUGAUUUGAAUCUAGAUAGAGGGUGCCACCUAGUGGUGAUAUUGGCAGCACUAUAAAAGGCUGCAGAGGAACGUUUUCUCAGGAAGUGGAUGCAUGCAGCUGGUGCUGACUGUUCCUUUUGUAGUCGAUGUGCGUAAAUGACUCACUACCACACACAACUCCAGGUCGCCAAAGUCCUCCAGUUUCUGUAUGGCUGUUCAACUGCUCUAUCUGCUCAAUAAAGAUUGAAGGAAAUUCCAUCUCCCGUUUAUGUCCUGAUCGACACCCAGUGGCGAGUGCAAUA